CAUAUGACGUUGACGUAACGUGACAGCACACCAGAACAACAUAAAUAAUGUUAAUAUAUCUUUAUUUAUUAUUAUAGAAUAGAAGACAAUAUUAUCAAUUAGUUUGAAUAAUAGAUAUUCUGUGGGUUUGGUCUAAGGUGAACCGUUAGAAGUUUUAUUGCUUUCAGCUAAAAUGUCUGAAUAUGAUGCAUACAAACCUGGAAAACUGAGGCUGAAAGGAGAAAAAUCAAAAUCAAAGAAAAGAAAACACAAAUCUAAACACCAAAGUGAAGAAAAACCCCAAAUAGAUUCCGAUUCGAUAAAGCACGGCAACUGGUGGAAAAUCUCUAAGAUUGAAGAUAUUACCGGCGCUGUUGCCAUUGAAUUUGGCUCACAUGUUUAUGUUAAAGCUUUAGACAAUGGGCUAUUUACAUUGGGAGCACCACACAAUGAAGGAGAGGGACCAUCACCUGAAGAAAUUUUGACUGGGGUUUAUAUCAGUGAGAGAAAAGUAGCUUUCAAGUCCGGGUACGAUAAAUAUUUAAGAGUUGACAAAAGUGGUAUAGUGACAGGAAGGUCUGAUGCUAUUGGACCUAUGGAACAAUGGGAACUAGUAUUAGAGGAUGGUAAAAUGGCUUUACUUGGAUGGAACGAAUGCUUUGUUUCUGCUGAUGAUGAAGAUUCGAUCAUAGCCAAAAGUAAAAGAGCCGGAUCUGAGCAAUUUUUGACCAUAAGAUCACAUACCUUCAAGGAAGUUAACAAUUUAAAAGAUGUUCCAGAAGAGGAACAGGCGAAUCUUAAACAAAUUGAGAUAAAUUAUGUGAAGAAAUUUCAGAAGUUUCAAGAUAAACGUCUCAGACUGUGCAGUGAGGCUAAGAAAGACUUAAAAAAGGCAAAACAAGAUGGGUACUUGCAUGAAGCAUUACUGGACAGAAGAAGCAAAAUGAAAGCGGAUCGGUAUUGCAAAUAAUAAUGGGUUACCCAAUAAAAGAAACAAAUUUACAAGUUUAAACAA